CGCCGUGACACACGAUCGGUUGCGCAAUCGAGCGUACGUAAAGAAACGUUGAUCGCGUGUAACGCGCAACCGUCGACCGUGGCGGAAGCGUUUAACGCGUUCAAACGGUGUGACGAGUGCUCGCCCGACAAAAACCUGGUUGACGAGGAGAUAAUUCGGCGAGAGAACCUACAUACACGAACGCAUGUUUUUUCUCCCUGGUCGAGGAGCCGUCGUUUCUCGGCGAUGUUUCGAUACGGGCAAGGUUUUGGUCCAAGGUCCCUUCCACUUGGAAGGCAACGAAAAAACGGAGAUACCGUCUCGAUGCGAAGCGAAGCGACCGAAAGUGGAGCCACGGUGAAAGUGACCCGUAGGAUUACGAGAAGAAAGUGAAUCUUCGAACGGCCACUGUUGCGAUUCUCGUGAAACGAACACCCGCGUGGAAAUCUGCCGAUCAGAAUUGGCGGGGAGACCUAGAAAAAGAGAGUGAGAGAGAGAGAAAGAUAAAGAUUGGACCCUGAUCGGAGGGAGAGGGACGAUUGUUUUCGGAAUUGGAGUACCUGGGACCACUCGGUGCGGAAGGCUGGCUGCGCGUGGGCGGGUGGACUGGGGGCAGCGAAGGAGCUAGAUCGAGAUCGGGAUCGAGGCGAUCCGACGCAGAAGCGGAAGGGAAACUGGAGGAGAACGUGCAACGAGGCGGCAACGAUGGGAGUAACGGCGGUAAGAGUGGAAAGAGCGACGCCUUAAAUUGAUCGUGCAAACAAGCGGGCGGGUUACUCGAGUCCAGAUCGGUCGGGAAGGUGCAACGUCCGGGUACAGGACAUUUCAUUUUGGAAACUGUGUGAUCGCGGCUAAAAUAGCAUCGUCUCUCCCUUCCUCUCUCUCUCUUUUCAUAACAGAUUGCGAAACCGUUUAGAGAAAAUUAACGCAUGAUUAGGCUCUUCCAUACGGUGUCGCGCGUUGGACGCUAGGUUGCGAUUGCUUCGCAAAUGAAACGUAUUGCAUUCGGUGCUCUAAAAAAUUAUCGAGAUUGGAAGACCGGGGAAGAAUUUUGAGUGUCGUUCGAGACUAACGGGACCCGAGAGGAGAACGGCAACAAGAAGAUCGGAGCUGGCUUGUGCGCGCGCGCGCGCGCGCGUGCAAUAGAAAGCGCGCCGGAGAACCGCGAGGACAACUGUUCUCCCGCGCGUGGAUCGGUGCCGGACUUUCUCUUGGACGACGAAUCGUGGAAUGGCGUAAGACACUCGUCGGGUCUCGUAACCGUUCGGAGGCUCGCUUGAAAUUCGAACGAGGACUAAAACGAGGACGCGCGGCGCCAAUAACGGGGCAAGAGGGGCUGGUAACGCGGAGCGCGGCCGAUCCUUAGGAUACUCGAACGACAGUGAUCGGCUGGUGUCCCAAGAAACGUGACCGCGAUGGCUAACACGCCGGAAGAAGACUACGGCCAGCCGCUGACCGAGUCGACCAAGCUGAUCGCCAGCGUCGAGCUCCGCGAGGAUGAAAUUAUCAGACAGCAGGCAUUGGACCAGUUCAGGCAGUGGAUCUUGAAGCACCCGAAUAUCAAACGGUGCAGAACCGACGCGGCCUUCCUCCUCAGAUUUCUCAGGACCAAGAAGUUCAGCCUGCCGAUGGCGCAAGAGAUGCUCGAACGGUAUCUGACCAUCAGACAAGUGUACCCGAACUGGUUUCAAAAUCUGGACAUCGAAGACCCGGAUAUCGAGGCCAUCGUGGACGCUGGUUACCUGGUUCCUCUUCCGGAGCGGGAUCGACACGGUCGCCGGGUUAUACUCUCCUGCGCUGGUCGUUUCGAUCCUUAUAAAUACACGUCCGCGCAAAUGGCGCGAGCGCAUAGUCUGGUGGUCGAGGCUCUGAUGGACGACGAAGAGAAUCAAAUCCGCGGGUAUACCCAUGUCAACGACGAGUCCGGUCUAACCAUGGGCCACCUGAGCGCCUGGUCUCUCACGGACAUACGCAACAUGCUGCGGUGCAUUCAGAACAGCACACCCAUGAGACACAAGGAGACGCACUUCGUUAAUAUUCCGAGCUGCGCAAACAAGAUCAUUGAGUUUGCUAUUUCGCUUCUCAAUGACAAGCUGAAGGCCCGUAUCUCGGUGCACAAGAACCUGGAAGAACUGAAGGAGGCGAUCGAUCCCAAAAUCCUGCCGAAGGAGUAUGGGGGAGAGGUUCCGCUUUCCGAAAUGAUCGCCGAGUUCAAGAAGACGCUGAGAACCCAACGGGACCAAAUAAAGGCACUCGACGACAUGCACAUAGAUAUUUCAUCGGGAGAUUGUCGGUUCCCCAUCAAUGAUAAUUUGAACGGCAUACCCGGGUCAUUUAGGAAAUUGGAGGUCGACUGACAGUCUUCUCUUCUAUUCUAUAUCCUGUCCGGGCCUGGUCGGGAUCCUACAUUAUAGUUAGAUAUGUAUUACACUCGCGUGGUACGCUCGCAAUCUCAUUGCCAGUCACGAGACGGAGAGUUCGUACCGAUAGACCAUUUUGCAUCGCUUAGAUUACGAACGCAUACGAAAAGUAUGAUACGUUUCUCCUGUCGGUGGUAUUAGUUACCUACAAUAUACGCAUCAUAGAAUAAUUAAUUAUGUGUAAGUAUUAGCGUUGGAAAGAGCGAUAGAAAGAGUGAAAUAUAGAGAGAGCGAGCGGAAUUAUUCAUACAGAAAUGGAAAAAUGCCGACUCUUGAUAUAAUUUCUAAUGAUAUUAUUUCUGUUCAAGUUUUUUAUACAGGAUUGCGGAGAAAGUUGUCUUGUAUUCGUGGUGAACAAAAGAUCGUCUUUCGAUUAAACACAACCACACUCUAUUGACACUCUUUGCUCACGAUUAAUUAAGAAUCGCGAAGAUCCGCGUGCUCGCAAUCGCGUAAUAUCUCCUUUAAAAAUGCCGUACUCGCUGGCGCCGUAGUGUAGAGACUUCCUGCAAUGUACACAGAUAUUGCGGUUUCGUCUCUUAUUACCAAUAAAUCUUAAAAUACUCCACUCACCUA